GAUUGAAGGAAGUGUUGAAAGAAGUGGAUGGAAGGAGCACAUCAUACAACUCUCGGCAUCCAGCAGAUGGAGAAAUCACAUUUCAAUUAUUUCUCUUAAGUGGAGACAACAUAAUGAAGAGAAGGGACCACCACCCCACUUGGAGAAGCACCUCACGGUUUUUCUCUCUAGCUGCACCGAAGUGUCUUCUCUUCCUUUCUAUUGAUGAGCUUCAAGUAAAGACACCAAGGCAACCAUGAGAGACCAACAAGCAUACGUAGCUGCCACAAAAGAAGUCCAGCCAUUACAACCAUGGAAGAAAAAGGGAGAGAGUUGCUGGAAAAAUCUGGAAGAGUUGCUGCAAGAUCUGGGAGAGGUGAAACGGAGAGCGUCCGGAGCUGCAGCUACAAACCUUGGGAAGGUUGAUUCAAGAGGGGUGUUGGAUGCUGCAUCCAGAGAAGUGGAGAGCUCGUGGAUUUGGAAGGAGAUCCGCACACUGUAUUUCAAGAAUUUCAAGGAGGUCUUCAAGAGAUGUUGUCGCGGAGUUUCCCUUGGAGCAAGAGCUGGAGGUUGCUGAUAUCGCAGAGUAGUCUUCUUAGAGUUUCCUGAUUGAACACUUGUAGUGUUUAAUCCUUUCAACUGUUCAAG